GGAAGGAAUUUUUUCAUUGGUUCUUGAACACAUUAGCAUAGGUAUAUAAAUAAUUUUACAGUGAGAUCAAUGUAUAACAGUGAGAAAUGAGAAAAGGAGAUUAAUAUAUGUAGUACUGUUUGCAUGAUAUAGAAGUUUAUCCAGAAAUUGCAACGCAUUAACUUCGAGGAAUAAAACUAUAAAAAUUAGUGUGGUAUAAUAAAACAGAUUAAAUAAAAAAGACAAUAUAAAAUAAUAUCUAAAGAUAUAACUAAUAUCUUUGGCAAACAAUAUGUACAUGCAGUUCUGAUGAAUUAUAUUCUACAUGAUCAAACACUUGGAUCAACAAGAAAUCUCCAAAAGUAACUAUGACAACUGACCAAACAAAGAGUGUGUUAUUGAAGGUGUUGGUGCUGCUCAUGUUAUGCCAAGUCAACAUCCAAUCGAGUGGAGUCACAAAGUUGGACCUGAGCUUUUGGGGUGUAACAAAACUAACAGAGGGGAUGUUCAUUGAUCAUCCAAAUCUAAAAAUUCUCAUUCUGAACUUUAAUGAGAUAACAGAAAUUGAAAAUGGAGCAUUUUCUGGUUUACAAUCAUUAGAAGAACUUUAUUGGGGAUUUAAUUAUAUAAAAGUAUUACCAAAUGACAUAUUCAGUAAUUUGUCAUCCAUAAGAGUUCUUGACUUGAAAGGUAAUGGCCUAGUAGUAUUGACAAUUGGCAUUUUUAAUGACUUGAAAUCACUAACAAAUCUACAAUUGGGGUCCAAUCAUCUUUCAUCAUUACCAGAUGGCAUAUUCAGUAAGCUGACAUCACUAGUUGAUCUUGAACUUCAGUUCAAUGACUUGAACCAUUUACAAGUUGACAUAUUCAGAAACUUGACAUCACUGACUAAGCUUGAGCUGGGGCACAAUAUUACCUGAUGGCAUAUUUAGUAAUUUGACAUCACUCACAGAGCUUGGACUUAAUUAUAAUAAGUUAACAAAUUUACAGGAAGGAGUCUUUCGUGACUUGACGUCCCUGACAGUCCUAAAACUUGACCACAAU